AGUUUUGACACUCAUGCGAGAUGGCAUCCCGUAACGCAGAGCGCUCGAUCUCGACGAUCUUACGGAAAAAUAGAGGACUGUGAACAGUCUACGCCGAAUUUUCACUUUCGAGUUCCCCCAUGGGGUAUACAUCGAUCGAAUUUCAAGCUCUCUUAUGACGAUCUGGAGUACGUGAUACCAUUAUUAGAGUUUCAAAAAUCGUUCUCGGGAGGUUUCUCUACAGCUGGCUGAAUAAUUCUUCAUCUGAAUUUCCGUUAAUUCAAAAAUAACCGGUGUCCAAGCCUUGCAUACAACCAAGAGGAAUUUCAGAGAGACCGACUGGAGUCAUAACACAAGUAAACAGGUAAUAAUUUUCCCUCAAGAAAGUGAAAGUUUCACCCUGUAUCGUCGUUGGCAAACCUCCAGUUAAAUUUUUCUAAAUGCUUCAACGGAAAUGUAACAUCAAUAAUGCGGGAAGGUGUGAUUUAAAUUCAGAAACUCUACGCAUUUGUCUGCGUAUUUGGUGUUCUUUUUUCAAGCCACUACUUUGCAGAUGGUAAUUGAGUAACCUUACUAAGGUCAUUCAAGGUUAACCUGCAAUAAAUCUCAAUUUCUUGGAUUGUUUUUUAAAUUUACUGAUCAGAAGGUUUCUGUUGUGUCGAAGUUUUUUUUUUGUCCUAACCUAGGUAACGCGCCAACUUAAAACAUGUUAUAAAAAAAACGAUGACCGCGUGAUUUAGGCUAUUUUAAAAGAAGAUGAGACACUCUCGUAUUGUUUCAGGGGUCAUUUGGACUUUCGACUAUCUAUUUAAAUACUUCUCACUGUACAGUCAGAGGGGGUACUCCUGGGAAUUGUCGGUGGAGGUGUGCCUUCCGGUUUUCCACGUUUUCAGACCAAACUUCUAAAAUCCAUACCCGUACUCAUUCUCAGACCUGGUCUUUAGGCAGAAAUUAUUUCAUCAAUACCAGGAGCAAUACUUAGUUAGAGCGCAAACAAAAAAAAUUCUUCAAAGGCAUUUAGAAUUCGCAUAUUGCUCCUUCUUUCUCAUUCAUUUACAAUUGAAACGAUAAAUACGUUUAUACACUCCCGUAGUUCCCUCGAAAACCAUACCCGAUUCCAAACCAAAGUGUAUACCCGUUUUCAGACCAAAAAGGCCCAAAAACCAUACUCUUUGGGGAGGGGCGGAUCUAGGGGGAGGGUGCAGGGGGUGCGCAACCCCCCCCCCCUGGGAUGACCUGCGGCCGCUUUCUAAUUAACACUGUGCAGUCGCGUCACAGUCAUACAAAAUCUGCUCUAUCGUUUGAUAUGUAUUCUCAGCAGUUCAUAGUAUGUUAUUUCCUAGUCAAAAGCCCUCUUCUUCGUAUUCGCUUUUAAAAUUUCUUACGUCAUCAGUCAGUUAGUGGUGCACCCCCUCCUAAAAAAAAUCCUGGAUCCGCCCCUGUUGGGGCGGCACAUACCCAUAUGGCUCAUAUAAGGGAGUACCCCCAGGCUGUACAGAAGCUUUGCUAGGGUGGUGCCAAUGAGCCCCAACCCUCUCUUAGAAAAAAAGGUUUUCAUUUUGUCACCCUGGUAAAGACACUGAAGACUCAGGGAUUAACCAGUAACUUACUGUCCUCACCAGAUAAAAAAAAAUCAUAACUGUUAUGUGCUUUUAAUUUCCCUAAUGCCAUUAAGCGUUAUGAAAGAACAUUUAAGUACUAAUUUAAGAACUCUAACUAGCUGGAUGCGACAAUAAUUCGUGAAUAUGAAUAAACUAAAACCCCAAUCCUGUUCAGCAGGCACAACUUUGAUUUGCCUGGUAAAGGUGUUUCACCUUCCCACCUCCCCCCACCCCACCCCCUCACCGGGUCCUGCACAAAGUGUUUGGAGCAAAGACUAGGUUAAGAGCAUACACUCAAAAAACACUUAGAUUUUUCAUUCAUGCUGUAUUCUCAACCAAUGAACUUGCGCAUGAUCAAUUUACACUUAGAUUCAGUCACGCUGUCUUCUUAGCCAAAGAACUCGCGCAGAAUCAAUUUUACAUCAUAAAAGAAUGGGGUUUUUUGUAAAGUAAGCGCCAGUUUGAAAUUCUCUCUCAUUCGAGAUCAAUUGCUCUUUUAUAUUCUUUUUUCAUGUUAUAGAAUGAUCAAGAUAAAAGCACUGCAGGCAGUAACAUUUUUGCUGUUUUGCAACUUGGUCGCGAGCGUCAAUAUAGAGAAGGAUACUGGUGUGGCUGAGUUUGUGGCUGCUGUGUACGAACAUGCUUUUGUCACAGUGGAAGACAGAGCGACUGUACGCCCCCGGAAAGAGGCAAGAGCGAUCAUCAUGCAAAACAUGGAUAUAUAUGAAGAACAAAUGCAAAAAGCUAAACAACAGGUAAAAAAAAUCAUAGCUGCGAUUAUGGAUUGAUAGACUUAACCAUUCGAUCCAACUUUAUAUAAUUUGCAUUAGAAGAUAACAAAGUUUUGAGAUGACAAAGAGCCUUUAAAGAAUUGAAAAGUUUGAAGUUUAUUGAUCUUCGUAGAAGUUGCAAAUUAAAUUAAAUUAAAUUAAAACAAACAUCUUCACACAAAAUCCUCUGCUCGAUAUAGCUUGGCUAAUCGAGGAGUCAUCGAGGCGGGCAGAGGAAAACAUAAAGUAAUUUAACUAGGAAGAAAUUAUGAAAAGGAAAGAAAAAGGAAGAUAGAUCUAUAUAAAUGACACAAGAAGACGGACUGAAGUUAUUACAAUACAACGUUACAAAAUAUACAAACUUAUUGUACAGAAUUGUUACUUCAGUGUACAAAUUGACCGCUUGCACUUCGGCGAAAAUUGCAAGAUGUUUCUUCUCUUGUGACGACCAAGUCUGGUUUUCGAGUCAGCCAUGAGUCUUUAAUGUUUAGUGCUACAGUGCCACUUGCCUGACAAAUCGAGUGGAGAAAAAGGUCGAGAGUACCUCCUUUUAUUCGUUAUCUACAGUCACCCCUCUUUGUUCUGUAGGCUUAUACAUGUAUUAUAAAUUAAGGUGCUUGGGUGACACGAAGGGUUUUAGCUGACGCGGAAAAGCAAAUAUUCAAACUUUUCAUCUUUGUUAAGGUGAAUCCGUUCUCGAAAUCCGUGGAGUGGAUUUUUUUAUCUAGAAUAGUCCGAUAGUCCAGGUAAAAGAUUCAAGACCACAAAAUUGUUGUCGAGUUCAUCUUCCUUUUACGCCCGCGGCAAAAAACAAAAAUUAAAUUUAUUGACUGACCCUGAGUGAAGUAGAUGUGUAUACAAACAGUACAAACACGGUACUGAAUGGUUACAACAAAACAAUGUCAUGCUUAUUAUCAUUCAAUUUUUCAAAAAUUCUUUUUUUAACAGAAUGCUAGUAUCAUCGUGUUUCCCGAAUAUGGCUUGACCGGGUUUGGCUACACACGUGAAUCCUUUAAACCCUUCCUGGAGAACAUUCCUGACCCACAAAAGGUUAACUGGAAUGCGUGCCAAGAUCAAGAGGCAAACUCCACUACACCUAUCUUAUACCGCCUCAGCUGCCUGGCCAAGACCUACGAUAUGUACCUUGUGGUCAAUAUGGGAGACAUAAAACAAUGUAAUAACAGCAUUGAUGAAAAUUGCCCAGCUGAUGGCCGCUACCAGUACAAUACAAACGUGGCGUUUGAUAAUAAAGGCAAACUUGUGGCGAGAUAUCACAAGCAGCACCCUUUCUUGAACGAGAUGAAAGUUGUCGAUCGUCCAGUCAAGCCUGAAUACAUCACCUUCGAAACUCCUUUUGGAAAAGUUGGAACAUUCAUUUGCUUUGAUGUCCUGUUUCAUAACCCUGCAAUACCAUUGGUGACUCAGCAUCAAAUUGAUCACGUGGUCUUUCCCACGGCUUGGUUUGAUGUUCUCCCUCUGUUUGCAGCCAUUGGAUUUCACGGUUCGUGGGCUCAAGGAAUGCAAGUAAAUUUCCUAGCGGCCAACACUCAUGUACCAGCAUUCUUAAGCACGGGUAGUGGUGUCUAUAGUCCCACUGGUGUUAAAAAAUACUACAGAAGCCUUUCAGCCAAUGGUUCUCUCUUGGUUGCCACCUUGCUGAAAAACCCAAGGAGUAGGCAGAGAGAUGUGCCUGAGGUCAACAAUAAAGAGAUACAGCCAACGAAAGCCAGCGAAGACUCGUUCUUCUCCGAUUUGUUUGGUGAUUUGUUCUUGUUCAGAGAGUUAACCAGACCUGAAGGCACUUUGGAUGUUUGUUACAAUGAUAGUAACGUCUGCUGCUCUCUCACCUAUAAGAUGGCGGGCAAACGUGCCGACGAACUGUAUGCUUUGGGCGUUUUUGACGGUCUUCAUACCAAAGAGGGACAGUAUUACUUACGAAUCUGCGCCCUUAUUAAAUGUCAUGGAUUAAAUCGCGACUCGUGUGGAAAACGCACAUACAACGCAAGCACGAUCUUCGACUCCUUCACUCUCCGAGGACAGUUGAAGACGCCAUAUAUUUUUCCGCAGGUGGUGGCCGAUGGCGUCUCUCUUCUCCCUGGAGAGUGGGACAACAGUAUGCCUGUCACGCAGAUGCAGACCAAGCAAAAACUGUCAAAAGGUCUAUUGACUGCAGCACUGUUUGGACGAGUCUAUAAACUGGAUGACGGCCCAGUUAACCCUACCGAGGUAUCCCUCGCCACACCCCUUGUGUCAUCCAAGUGCUUCCUUGCUGCCUUGCUGUUAGUGAAAGCUUGUAAGUUUGUGUUUUGAUCGACUGCGAAAAAUGACUUCCUUCUUCAGUAGAUUUUGACCCAUUAGAAUCAUAAAAACAAAACGCUAUAUGCAUGCAAGAUAAUCUCUCGCUUCAUGUGCUAUAGUCCUUUCACAUCGAAUUUAAAGCUAAAAUAAAAAUAAUUGAUGUUAUGUUGAAACAGGAAAGACUUUCCUCGGGUGCAUCAUAAGUCUUAAUAAUUAAGAUCAUCAGAGCCUUUUAUAUGUUUUAAAUAAUAUUUUUCUAUUCUUUAAAACAUCCAAAAUUGAAAAUACAAGAUGGUGGUGAUAGUCUUGUCAUGUACCGACAAUUAAGACAAGCGUAAUUUAUUGUCAGUAAAGAUAAUUAUAUGGUACGUAUGGGUGGUUAUUCCAGACAGCCUACAACGUUGAUUAUGUAAUAGUUUUUAUUUAUUUGUAUUUCAUGAUUAUUUCUUCCUGCUGGUAGAAUA